CGAAAAAAAAUCGGAAAUCGAAAAAAAAACCCGGUUCGCAAAUCUAUAUACAAAAACCCCACAGCUUUCAGAAUAGUCUCACCGUUUCUUCUUCUGCACACAUACAGAAGCCCAAAAUUAAAUUAUGGCAAAAAUGUUGCUGGAACUCCCUCGGCUAACCAAUUCUCUCCGGCUGCCCUUCGAUGCCGAUCAAGCCUAUCUCAACCGUAAAUCCUUCCUCCAAACUCUCAAUUCCCGUAGUAGGUCUGCUGCAGUUUCUCUCGAAGAAUCAGAACUCGCUCGUAAGAUUUUUUAUCGAUGGGAAGAAGCUUCUGUUGAGGUACGGCAACUAUACAAGCAAUUUAUCACAGUGAUGGUUGAGUUGAUGGGUGAUGAGGUGGUGUCGGAGGAGUUUCAGGAAGUGGGAUUGAAUGUUUAUAGGCUAUUUAGUAGGGAUUCUGGAUCUGAAGAAGAUGGGGGCGAUAAGAGAAUUCUGGCAAAAAAGUCUGAGUUUCAAAAACUCAUUGGUCAUAUUGUUCCGGAACAAAACAUACUGAAAGUAGCAUCACUUGUGGAGCGGCUUUCUGGUCUACAGAGUAAUGAACAGGGGAAUGGCUAUUUACCAGAAUUGGGGGGUGCAGAUAGCGAGGGUUUGGAAUUUGGAGCAGAUCUUGUAUUCCAACCUCCCGCUCGCUUUUUAGUUGAUAUUUCUCUGGAGGAUGCAGAAAAUUUGUUGGAGGAAACUAGCACAUCAUCUUCUAAUCAUGAGGGAUGGUCUGAUAAGGAUGGAUCUGCGUAUUUCCGCCCACCUAAUAGUGAAGUUAAGUUUGACUUAGAGUGGUUACAAAAUGCAUGUGACAGAAUUGUUAGGGCAAGUACUUCACAACUUCCUCGAGAUGAACUAGCAAUGACCAUUUGCCGGAUUCUUGAUUCAGAGAAACCUGGUGAUGAGAUUGCUGGCGAUUUGCUGGACAUUGUUGGUGAUAGCUCAUUCGAAACUGUUCAAGACCUUAUCAUGCAUAGAAAGGACCUCGUGGAAAGUUUCCGUCACGGGCUGCUUGUACUUAAAUCUGAUAAAUCAAAUUCAAACACGCAGUUGCGGUUGCCUAGUUAUGCUACUCAGGUAACUGUUCAAACAGAAUCUGAACGACAAAUUGAUAAACUUCGGCGUAAGGAGGAAAAGAAAAAUAGACGUGGAACAGAUCAUGGAAUUGAUAACAACUUGUCUUUUAGUUCCUUACUUCAAGCAAGUGAGAAGAAAAAUUUACUCGAUGACCUUGUGGGGCAUGGUGAUUCGACUCAGCUUGCUGCAACGGCUCUUCCUCAGGGCACUGUGAGAAAGCAUUUCAAGGGUUAUGAAGAAGUCACUAUUCCACCUACACCAACUGCACCAAUGAAACCUGGGGAGAAGCUGAUUGAUAUAAAGGAGCUAGAUGACAUUGCACAAGCUGCUUUUCAUGGUUACAAGUCUUUGAACCGCAUACAGAGCAGGAUAUUCCAAACAACUUACUACACUAACGAAAAUAUAUUGGUCUGUGCACCCACCGGCGCUGGAAAAACAAAUAUAGCUAUGAUAUCUAUUCUACACGAGGUUCGACAACACUUCAGAGAUGGUUAUUUGCAUAAAGAUGAAUUCAAGAUUGUUUAUGUUGCUCCGAUGAAGGCAUUAGCGGCAGAGGUCACAUCAACCUUCAGCCAUCGAUUAUCCCCUUUAAAUGUAACUGUGAGAGAACUCACUGGUGAUAUGCAACUCUCCAAAAACGAGCUUGAAGAAACUCAGAUGAUUGUAACAACUCCUGAAAAGUGGGAUGUGAUUACUCGUAAAAGCAGCGACAUGGCACUUUCCAUGCUAGUGAAGCUCCUAAUCAUUGAUGAAGUACAUUUGUUAAAUGAUGAUAGAGGCCCUGUUAUAGAAGCAUUAGUAGCUCGCACUCUUCGUCAGGUGGAAUCCACACAAAGUAUGAUACGUAUUGUUGGUCUUUCUGCAACUCUACCCAAUUAUUUGGAGGUUGCACAGUUUCUGAGGGUAAAUCCAGACGCAGGCCUCUUCUUCUUUGAUUCAGGCUAUCGCCCAGUACCUCUUGAGCAGCAGUACAUUGGGAUUUCUGAACGUAACUAUUCAGCUCGUAAUGAAUUGAUGAAUGAAAUAUGCUACAAUAAGGUUGUUGAUUCAUUAAGGCGAGGACAUCAGGUCAUGGUUUUUGUUCAUUCACGGAAAGACACAGCAAAAACAGCUGAUAAACUGGUUGAAAUGGCCAAAAUGCGCGAGGACUUCGAUCUCUUCACAAAUGCUUCACAUCCUCAGCAGGGACUUAUGAAGAAAGAAGUUCUGAAGUCCAGAAAUAAGGACGUUGUACAAUUGUUCGAAUAUGCUGUUGGUAUCCAUCAUGCUGGGAUGCUACGUGCUGACAGAGGAUUGACUGAACGACUUUUCUCUGAGGGACUUCUAAGAGUUCUUGUUUGCACUGCAACUUUGGCAUGGGGAGUAAAUCUGCCUGCUCACACUGUGGUGAUUAAGGGAACUCAAAUAUAUGACCCAAAGGCUGGUGGGUGGAGAGAUAUAGGCAUGCUUGAUGUUAUGCAGAUAUUUGGGCGUGCUGGAAGGCCUCAAUUCGAUAAGAGUGGUGAAGGCAUUAUAAUCACUGGUCAUGACAAAUUAGCAUACUAUUUGCGACUUUUAACGAGUCAACUUCCUAUUGAGAGUCAGUUUAUCACCUCGCUGAAAGAUAACUUAAAUGCUGAGGUGGCAUUGGGCACUGUUACAAAUGUCAAGGAAGCUUGUGCUUGGCUAGGGUAUACAUAUCUUUUUAUAAGGAUGAAAAUGAAUCCUCUAGCCUACGGUAUUGGAUGGGAUGAGGUCAUUGCAGAUCCUUCAUUGAGCCUGAAGCAAAGAGCUCUGGUUUCAGAUGCUGCACGUUCUCUUGAUAAGGCAAAGAUGAUGCGCUUUGAUGAGAAAAGUGGAAACUUCUAUUGUACUGAGCUUGGUCGUAUUGCUAGCCAUUUUUACAUUCAAUAUUCCAGUGUGGAAACUUAUAAUGAAUUGAUGAGACGCCACAUGAGUGAUAGUGAGGUGAUUGACAUGGUUGCCCAUUCUUCUGAAUUUGAAAAUAUUGUUGUCCGAGAGGAGGAGCAAAAUGAGCUGGAAACUUUGGCCCGCACAUGUCCUUUAGAAAUCAAGGGUGGCCCAUCAAGUAAACAUGGAAAAGUGUCAAUUCUUAUUCAGUUGUAUAUAUCGAGGGGCUCAAUUGAUAGUUUUUCACUUGUUUCUGAUGCAUCAUAUAUUAGUGCAAGCUUGGCUCGUAUUAUGCGGGCCUUAUUUGAGAUUUGUUUGCGAAGAGGGUGGAGUGAGAUGACUUCCUUCAUGCUGGACUACUGCAAGGCUGUGGAUCGUCAAAUUUGGCCCCAUCAACAUCCGCUCAGACAAUUCAAUAGAGAUAUUUCAUCGGAUAUACUACGGAAGCUUGAAGAAAGAGGAGUGGACUUAGACCGGCUAUAUGAGAUGGAGGAGAAGGACAUUGGAGCUUUGAUUCGCUAUGUGCCUGGAGGAAAGUUGGUGAAGCAAUACUUGGGAUAUUUCCCGAUGGUCCAGUUAUUUGCUACAGUAAGUCCAAUCACGAGAACUGUUCUAAAGGUUGAUUUGACUAUUACACCGGAGUUCGUCUGGAAGGAUCGGUUUCAUGGUACCGCACAGCGCUGGUGGAUUCUAGUUGAGGAUUCUGAAAAUGACCAUAUAUACCACUCGGAUCUCUUUACAUUAACAAAGAAGACGGCGAAAGCGGAGCCACAGAAACUAUCCUUCACCAUUCCGAUAUUUGAGCCACAUCCACCUCAGUAUAUCAUUCGUGCAAUUUCUGACUCAUGGUUGCAUGCGGAGUCUUUCUACACUAUAUCCUUCCAGAACCUUGCGCUCCCAGAGGCACAUACGACUCAUACUGAACUCCUUGACCUGAAACCACUUCCUGUAACUGCACUUGGCAAUGAAACUUAUGAAGCAUUGUAUAAAUUUACGCACUUUAACCCCAUACAGACGCAGGCUUUCCAUGUGCUGUAUCAUACAAACCAAAAUGUUCUUCUGGGAGCUCCAACAGGAAGUGGUAAAACCAUAUCAGCUGAGCUUGCUUUGCUUCACAUGUUCAAUACGCAGCCUGAUAUGAAGGCUAUCUAUAUUGCACCUUUAAAGGCUCUUGUUCGAGAAAGAAUGAAUGAUUGGAGGAAGCGUCUUGUUUCCCAGCUUGGAAAACGCAUGGUGGAGAUGACAGGGGAUUAUACACCAGAUAUGAAUGCUCUUUUAGCGGCCGACAUUAUAAUUUCUACACCGGAAAAAUGGGAUGGUAUCAGUCGUAACUGGCAUACUAGAGGCUAUGUUAAGAAGGUUGGACUAAUGAUAUUGGACGAGAUUCAUUUACUUGGCGCUGAUCGUGGACCCAUAUUGGAGGUUAUCGUAUCUCGGAUGAGAUAUAUAUCAUCACAGACAGAGCGUUCUAUUCGAUUUGUUGGUCUUUCCACAGCACUUGCAAAUGCACAUGAUUUGGGUGAUUGGCUGGGUGUUGAAGAAAAUGGGUUGUUCAAUUUCAAGCCUAGUGUUAGGCCUGUUCCUCUUGAAGUUCAUAUCCAGGGUUAUCCUGGAAAAUAUUACUGCCCAAGAAUGAAUAGCAUGAACAAACCCACUUAUGCUUCUAUAUGUACCCAUUCACCGACAAAACCAGUUCUUAUAUUUGUUUCAUCACGUCGUCAGACUAGACUUACUGCAUUGGACCUCAUUCAGUAUGCAGCUUCAGAUGAGCACCCAAGACAGUUCCUGGCUAUACCUGAAGAAUCUCUUCAGAUGAUACUAUCCCAAGUAACGGACCAGAACCUUAGACACACACUGCAGUUUGGUAUUGGGUUGCACCAUGCAGGACUGAACGAUAAGGAUAGAUCUCUUGUUGAGGAACUUUUCGCGAACAACAAGAUUCAGGUAUUGGUUUGCACCAGUACAUUAGCAUGGGGUGUGAAUCUUCCAGCUCAUUUAGUUAUUAUAAAGGGAACAGAAUUUUUUGAUGCAAAAUCAAAGAGAUACGUUGAUUUCCCUAUAACAGAUAUUUUGCAAAUGAUGGGCCGAGCAGGACGACCUCAGUUUGAUCAACACGGCAAAGCUAUUAUUCUCGUUCAUGAACCAAAAAAGAGCUUCUAUAAAAAGUUUCUUUAUGAACCAUUUCCAGUUGAAAGCAGCCUGAGAGAACAGUUGCAUGAUCACAUCAAUGCGGAGAUAGUUUCUGGAACGAUUUGUCAUAAAGAAGAUGCAGUACAUUAUCUCACCUGGACAUAUUUGUUCCGUAGAUUGAUGGUUAAUCCAGCUUAUUACGGCUUAGAGGAUACAGAUCCUGGAACUCUGAGUUCUUACAUGUCAAGCUUAGCGGUCAGCACAUUUGAGGAUCUUGAAGACAGUGGUUGCAUUAAAAUUGAUGAAGACAGGGUUGAGCCAAUGAUGUUGGGUUCAGUAGCAUCUCAGUAUUAUCUCAAAUAUACAACUGUUUCCAUGUUUGCUUCAAAUGUAGAAGCAGACACAACACUCGAAGUUUUCCUUCAUGUAUUAGCUGGUGCUUCUGAAUACGAUGAGCUACCUGUGAGACACAAUGAAGAAAUUCACAAUGCCGAACUGUCGAAUAAGGUUCGCUACAUGGUUGACAAGAAUCUUCUUGAUGACCCUCAUGUGAAAGCAAAUCUUCUAUUUCAGGCGCACUUUUCCAGAGUUGAACUACCAGUUACUGACUAUGUCACGGAUUUAAAGUCAGUGCUGGAUCAAAGUAUUCGUAUUAUCCAGGCAAUGAUAGAUCUCUGUGCUAAUAGUGGAUGGCUCUCUAGUAUGAUUACUUGUAUGCAUCUUUUGCAAAUGGUUAUGCAGGGUUUGUGGUUUGACAAAGAUUCUUCCUUAUGGAUGCUGCCAUGCAUGACAGAUGAUCUUAUUACUACCUUAGGCCAGAGAGGAAUCUCGAGUGUCAGGCAGUUAUUAGAUCUUCCCACUGCAAGUUUACAGGCUCUUAUUAAAAGUUCCGGUGCCUCGAGGUUACACGAGGAACUGCAGCAUUUUCCUCGUAUUCAAGCUCGAUUAAGAGUUCAGAAACAAACAGUUCAAGAUAACCCUCGUUUUAGUCUGAACAUAAGACUGGAAAAGACGAACAGGCAUAGGAAAACAUCUAGAGCUUUUACUCCUCGCUUCCCUAAGGUUAAAGACGAGGCAUGGUGGUUGGUCCUGGGAAAUACCUCUACCUCUCAACUACAUGCAUUGAAGCGAGUUUCUUUUGCAGAUGUCUUGCAGACAAAAAUGGAUAUACCAUCAAAUGUAAAUGACUUCCAGGAUAUGAAGUUGAUCAUCGUUUCAGACUGUUAUGUUGGUUUCGAACAAGAGCACUCGAUUCAAAGGCUCCUGUGAUCUCAUCUGUCAAGUUGCUGACGAAUCGGGUAUCACCAUUAAUUAUUCGAUGAGCAUUAAGUGUCGAUGUCAAGCGUUUAUACUUGGCCAGAUUUUCUACGCCAGCCCGAUAUUAUGAAAACAUAUGCAGUAGGUAUACUGUGUUUUUGUACAUUGGUUUCAUUGCCAAAUACGAAAUGCGGCAGUUCCAAGUUUGAUAGUGCCGCUUACAGGUUUCCUUUUACUUGUGUAGAUAAAACAUUUGGUCUGUAAAAUUUGAAAGCUUAUCGUAUCAAGUUUUUUGGGGGGCGGGGGGUCACUGGUUCCAUUACAUGUGUUGUUUUACAAAAUUGGCUUUACCUGGACUACAUUAUUUUCUACACAUUCAUAAUUAUAUAUUUAUGAAUAAAUUUAUGCAUUAUUUA